UCUUCCUCUUCCUCAUCCGCAUCAGUCUGUCGGCCCUCGCUCGCUUGGGAGCCAGCCACUGCUUCUCUCUUGCCUCUGCUCCGAUCAGAUCAGAUCACCCGCCAGCCCAUGGCUGCCGACCGCCGCUUCAAGAUCUUCGCGGCCGCCGACGGCUUCGGACAGCCUCUCAAGGACGCGGUCGUCGCGCACCUCCGCGCGCACCCGGCCGUCGCCGAGGUCGUCGACCUCGGCGUCGACAAGUACUACGCCGCCGCCGCAGCCGUCGCCCGCCAAGUCUCCUCCUCCUCCUCCUCCUCCUCCUGCUCCUCCUCCGAUUCGGCGCCCGAUGCCCCCGAGGUUCGAGGAGUCGUCGUCUGCGGCACCGGCGCCGGCGUCUGCAUCUUCGCCAACAAGUACCCUCGCGUCUACGCCACCCACUGCGCCUCCCCCGCCGACGCCGUCAACACCCGCUCCAUCAACGCCUGCAACGUCCUCGCGCUCUCGGGGAUGGCCACGCCGCCCGACGCCGCCGCCGCCAUCGCGGACGCCUGGCUCGCCACGCCCUUCCGCGCCCCCUGCCCGGCCUCCGGCGACGCGCCCUGGCCGGAGGACAUCCAGCGGUUCUUCGACACCGCGCCGGACGAGAUGGCCGCCAUCCCCGAGGCCGAGGGCCUCCCAGAUUCCGCCUGCGCCAUCUGCUGCCUCAGGAACGGGAUGGAGUUCGAGCCGGUGGGGAUAAUGCCCGGGGGCGAGAUGCGGAUCGUGCGGGAGAGCCCCACCUCGGCGUACGUCCAAUUCAAGGCCGGCAGCGUGGAGCCAGCGCACCACCACACCUUUGGCCACGACCUGGUGGUCAUCAAGGGCAAGAAGAAGGUCUGGAACCUCACCAAGAAGGAGAGCUACGAUCUGGUGGACGGAGAUUUCCUCUUCACUCCGGCCGGGGACGUGCACAGGGUGAAGUACUUCGAGGACACAGAGUUCUUCAUCCGAUGGGAUGGGCACUGGGACAUCUUCUUAGAUGAGGAUCUCGACACCGCACACAGUGCGAUUGAUGCAGAGCUUGGAGCAGCCAGCGACAGCAGGUGAGGUGACUGCAUCUUGUGUGGUAAUGGCGAUGCUUCUGAAGUUACAUGCCUUCCUUAUCCUGUCUUGCGAUGUUGGUUGUUAUAGUUGUGCCUUUUUGUCAUCGUGUUGAUGUGAUCGUCUUGUCUUGCGAUGCUGUGCAUUAUGGUUAUUGACAACGAUGAUAGCACACUGUACAAUAUGAUGACUGAAUAAACUGCAUAUGCAAGGUUGCUAGUCGUCUUUGUUCUUGGAUCUAGUUUCAUGUUUAUGUGGUUGUUAUUGAGUCACCCUGUGAUGUGCUAACUUCAUUAGCUGUGUUAUUUUGUGACUUUCAACAUCCAAGAUGUGUUAACUGUUAAAUACUGAUGAGUGAUGACAGUCCCUAAUAAAGAGAUCAAAAUGAUUCGUGGAAAA